GCAUGAUGCGUAGACGUACCACCACGCGCAGCUUGGAAAGAUAAUCUAAAGAAAUAGAGUGAGGUAGACAAGGAUUGGCCACGCUUUCAAGAGCUACAGAAUUCAAAAAAGAAAAAGAAAUGGCUUCGGUAUCUUCUUCUUUGCUUGCAACUAAAUCUCUAACCAUUCAGCCUCAAAACCAGCAACUGUUACUUUUCAAGAAUUCUGCUCAAAUUAGAAUAAUUCCCAAGAAGCCAUCAUCCUUAACUGUUCGAGCUGCAAAGCUCCCUCCUGGGGUGGAAUUGCCAAAAGUGCAACCAAAAUUUGUAGCCCCUUUUCUUGGAUUUACUAGGACUGCAGAAAUAUGGAAUUCUAGAGCUUGUAUGAUUGGCCUCAUCGGAACUUUUAUUGUCGAGCUGAUAUUGAAUAAAGGCAUACUUCAAGUGAUUGGAGUGGAUGUUGGGAAAGGUCUUGAUCUUCCUCUCUGAUGAUACAAUCUGCAUAUAACUUGAGCUUAUGAUACUUUUACAACUGCUUUGUUAUGUUCGUUUAUGUGUGCCAACUGCCAACAGAACUCUCUUCAAAUUCAUUGUAAAUUUAUGAAAUUACUCUUCUUUAUUCUGCUA